CGUUGUGUGAAUCUGUGGGGUGUGAUUCCCGGGGACCGGACCAUCUCAGACGAGGUAGAUCAAUAUGUGAUACUGGGAAACCAUCACGAUGCCUGGUGUCAAGGUGCAUGUGAUCCGGGCUCGGGUACAGUUCUUCUACAACAAGUGGCAAAAAUUCUUGGAGAGGCCUAUAAAAAAGGAUUUAGACCACGUCGAACAGUGGUCCUUGCUAGCUGGGAUGGUGAGGAACUGUCUCUACUUGGAUCCACUCACUUUGCGGAAUCAUUUCGAACGGAACUGAUGCAACGUGCCGUCGCCUACCUUAACGCAGACUGUCCCAUCAAGGGCCACACGCAAUUUAAUGCGCGUACGGAUCCGUUGCUUGCGGAUGCCCUAAUCUGUGCUAGCCGUCUGGUUUCAGUCGAUCCACCAGAGGAUAUGCGAACUCUUUACGACGAGUGGCUUUCUCAAGACGGAUCUGAGUCCACGGAACCAAUGUACGCUCCCGCCUCACAGUAUCAGUUGAAAUUGCAUUCUAUCUUAAGAUGUAUACAAGCUAUUGAUGUAUCUCAACCCGGUGGUGGCUCUGACCACAUUCCAUUCGCCUACAAAUUGGGCGUGCCAUCUUCGUAUCCUGAGUACGUGCCGGACUACUGUAUGUAUACUAUGCCCAUGUACCACACGUGGUAUGAUAACAUUGAUGUGGUCAAACGUUUCUUGGAUCCGUCCUCGUCCAAGACAGGUCCUUUACCCCGGCAUCGUCUGAUGGUUCGUUUGUGGAUCGCAUUGAUCAUUUAUUUGUCUUGUGCACCUCGUCUUCCCUAUUCACCCGUUCGAUUGGCUCAUUGGCUGUGCACCGAAUGGGAACAAUUGGUACAGAAAGCGCGUCACGAACCGGUGGAUUGGGUGAAACAGGGAAUACGUUUCGGUGCGUUAAUCCUUUGUUGUUUUCCGUUCUUGUGA